CGGGCGCGGGGCGCCGCUUCUUAACGGGCGGCGUGUGGCGGCGGGCGGGAGCGCUGUGCCGGGCGGGUUGCCGCGAGCCGGGUUGCCGCUGCCGCGCGACAUGAGCGAGAGACAAGGAACCGGAGCUACAAAUGGAAAAGAUAAGACAGCUGGUGAGAACGAUGGGCAGAAGAAGGUUCAAGAGGAAUUUGACAUAGACAUGGACGCGCCAGAGACAGAGCGGGCGGCUGUGGCGAUACAGUCCCAGUUCAGAAAAUUCCAGAAGAAAAAAGCGGGGUCCCAGUCUUAGUAGCUACCUCACAGCUUAAAACAAAGUAAUCCUGAAAUGAUUUAUCAAGAAAAUCAGAAAUAACACAAAGAUGCAUGUACAGAAAUUAUCAAUAUUUAAAACCCCAUUGGCAGUUAACAAACCAUGAGCUUGUGUGUGAUUUCAUCCCAGAUGUUUCACGCCCAUUAUCCUCUGUAACUCACCAUUUUACUUGAUGUUGUAAUAAAAAGUUAGGGUGAAGUAAUUAAAGUGUCUGCCUUCAUCUGUCUUUUCAUAUUAAUCCAGCAGCCACAGCUUUACAAAUGAACCUAGCCCAGAUGCCUGUUUUCCUCCUGACGUAAAGCUUGGAGACAUAAGAGCACCGUAUGUUACAAGGUUUUUGCUGAGGGAUGAGAGCACGCAUCUCAGCCCUGCUUACCUCAUUUGGAGAAUUCCAGCUGCCAGCCAAAUGUGACAAUGAAAUUACUUUCUCGUAAUGAGCUGAGAGUAAAAAGUUGCAGACAGAAGCUGGCAUGAGGGGAAGAGGUGUAGGAAGCAGCAAGCAGUUUAUUUUUGUCUUGCAAUUAUGCCAAUAAAGUGGCUUAAGUGGGGAAAUUGUCCUUGUCCUUCCUCUUUGCAUGAUAGUGUUCAGAAUUACCCAGCUUGGAUCACAUUGACUGUUGUGAAAAAAAAAUAAUGAAUCGGACACGAAAUACAAAAAACAAUUCCAGAAAUAUUUGGAAGUUUUUUGUUGUUUUUCUUUUUUAUUGGUAAAAAUAGAAACUAACCCUCUAAAAUCUCUUUUUCAUGUAGCUUUUCACUCUCUACAUAGUCAGUAACUAUUUCUAUGCCAUCUCUCUCUUUUCAUAUUAUUUUCAGUAUUUGAUGAGUAAAUCAUAACAGACUCCCUGUAUCCAUUUGCACCGUUCUCUCUUGCACUUUAUAGGAGCCCCUUACUUUAUCACUGUAUUAGCCCAGUUUUUGAUUAACAAAAAGGCCGGAUCUAAGCAAGGAUCUUGCCUGGCUUCAGACCUCAUCAGGAAUUGGGUGCCCAUAUAGUGCAGGAGGAAAGUUCAAAAAAGGUUUAAACAAGUACCUUGUACUCAGAAAAAGGAGCUAUUUAGAUUGAGCAAGCGGGAAAUGCACUACACAGAGAUGUGUAAAAAACUCUCAUCCUUUUCUUGGCUUCAUCAGCAGAUUUCAGGGGUUCCAGUAGGCAUCUUCGUCUCUAGGGAAAUUGGAGACAGAAGCCUUUUCUGAAGGACUGGUGUUUGAGUGGUUCUCCAAGAAGGCAGCGUGAGCCUCCCCUCCAGGCUGACAGAGGCAGGCGUGCUGAGUGGUGACAGCCUGCCUGCCUGCAACUGAACAGCCUGGAGCUGGGACUGCUUCAGGUGUGAGAGAUUCAGGUAUAAUUCCCAGCUCUGCCUAGAGAGAUUCAUUUCUUCCUCUCCCACAGGAAUAUUCUCAUCACCAGGGCAGAGGACAUAUAUAUCAUCAGGCCCUUCAUGUAAACGGAAAGCUACAACCAAGGGGUAGAAAUAGAGGGACAGGAAGGAUCUCACACCGGUGGCAGUCAUUUCUCAUGGGGGCCCACCAUAGCAGCAAUACGGAAGGGGUGCAGAGCUGUGCCUGAAAGGUGGGCCGCGGGACUGCGAAGGGAAGGCCUCCAGCCUUUUGCGGGUUAAGGCACUUAUGGUGCUGGGCAAGUGAGGAGCCCAAACCUGAUGGUGGGUGAUGGGAACUCUGGGACGGUGCUGGUUAGGAGGAGCCCUCAGAGAUGUUGAGCAGAGGAAGCCUUAAGGGUCCUGUGGGUGACAUAGAAGGCAUGUGCCAAGACAACGUGUGAAGUGCUUAAUAAGCACAGCAAGACUGGGUGGGAACAGUUAUGGCUUUUUAGAUCUUAGUUUGGGGAUAAACAUCUAAAUGCUGCCCAGACCCUGCCUUUGGCACCUCUGUCUGCGUUGGGACCCUAUGCAUGACACACCACCUGCAAAGUCAGAGUGCUCCAAGCUGCAGCUCAGUGCUUUCUCUCUAGGAGCGUAUUUUAGCAGCACUGUUUCUCUGCAUUUAGGAAUUUCACAAAUAAACCUCAAAUAAUGCUGCUGCUGUGCUCAAAGCGUGGUUUGUGGAGGCCACGGAUUCCCCACUUGUCUUUCACAGUGACUGCUCACCAUAUAAUAAUCGCCUUAGCAUAAUAAUUUAAAAAUUGUAAUGGGUUUGGAUUGUGUUGGUGCCAUUUUGUUUAGAUGAACAUAUAUCUGUAAUAAAGGACUGCAUUUGCAUUCUGCAUUAUGUCAUUUGAAAUAGCAUGAGCUCUGUAAUGGCUACCUAAUUGAAUAAAAACUGUGGGUAAGCACUAGGCUUUUA